GGAGUUAGAAAGUCCAAAAGUUAUGGAAAUUUUGAGUGUGUUACUUGGAAUUGAUAUAAAAAUUCCAUUAGAUGACGAUGAUGGUAAAGAAGAACUAUCUGUAGAUGCUGGGGAAGAACAACUCGCUGAUGCUACAGAGACACCACAUGCUAAGGAACCUCCAACUACAGAGGCUACAGGACAACCAGAUGCUGAGGAAGACCAACCUAAAGAUGUUAUGGACAAAUCACACGUUACACCUGUGCAAGUGGAAGAUGAGGGACGAGAAAGUGCAAAUAUUACUGAUAACAGCGAUAGUGAAGAAAAUAAUUUUGAUGAAAUAGAUGAUGAUGUCAGUGAUCACAAUGAGUCAUCAGAAGUUGCUCUUCCUAUACAAACAGAGGAACAUGAAUCAAAGGAAGAUAUGUACAGCAUGUCAUGUUCCUCUCAAUCUUUUCGGAAUACAUCACCUUCACAGCUUCCCUUCCAUGAUUGUAGUCAAGAUGCUCAGGAGAAAGCAAAUGAUGCAAUGGUUUCUGCUGGUCCUAAUGAGAAAAUGGCUCCAGCAUCUGAACCAUCUUCUCUUAGCUCAACUGUCGAAAUACAACCAGAAUGUGACCAGAAGCAAAAGGACACCACGCAAGUAACUCAAACUGUUACUGAGAAGGAUCUGCCAGAGUCUGAUACACUUAGUUCUUCGGAAAAAGAUGGGAGCCAUGCUGUAUAUGAGAAAAAUGCAGAAGAGGCAGAAACAAUGGCUUCUUCAUUGGAUUCGAAGAAACCACCUUCUGAAGAAGAGAACGAGGUUCCAACAGAGGCCAAUCAUAAUGGAUAG